UCUGCAUGGGCUCGAACCAAUUUUCGAAGCACUUAUUCCACUCGUUUGCUGGCAGAUCCAAAACGGCAUUUUUGAAUGCGUCAACUGCUUCUUCCGGUGACUGGAACCUUUGACCACGAAGUCUGUUUUUAAUUUUCGUGAAAGUAAAGAAAUCAUCGGGACUAUAUGGAGGAUGGUCCAAUGAUUCCACGUUUUCUUCCGUUAGAUACUUCCUUGUUUUUUGGGCUGUGUGCCAGCUUGCAUUGUCU